AUGCUCGACCAGCUAAAGCACGUGAUGUCUCGCCCGAUUAACGGAAAUGCCCCUACCGAGAAGCACAUGGGCAUGUCCCCACAGUCCAAGUUGGAGAAGGCUGACCCCUCCACGGCCUUCGAGCGCUCCGGAUGGUGCUACAUCUAA